UCUACAUUCAGUCACCGUGGAACAGCGUACCUUGCAGGUGUGUUGUGGCGCGGUCUAACGUGAAUUUAUUACGAAAAUUUCAUUUGCUUCAGUUUGUUUUGUGCAUAGAAGGAUUGUCUUGAUAGAAAAACGUGCUAUUUGUGUCCAGUGUUUGUUAUCUUACCAUACAGUGGCUUUCACUAAAUCUAAGUCGUGACUAAGUGAUUCGUUUUGAAACAGUGACAACAAGUUUUUCUUGUGCUUAAGUCCUUGGAUUGGAGGCUUCGUGAGACAACGGUCAAAGUGGGGCAACCGAACAUCUUGCUAGAGUUUUUGACUCAGCAUUUACACGAAGAUUAACCGGAAACUCUGCUACAAGUGAGGGAAAGAGGCAAAAUACUAGUGGUGGGUGUGCCGGCCAUGAUGGCGCCGCGCGUGUUCCAGCGCAGCAAGUCCCCGCGAGCCUCGCCCGGCGCGCCGCCCAGGAAACUGCAGAACGGCUCCUCGUCGUCCCGUCAGCUCGAGCCAACUGACUCCAGCCCCGGCGACUCCAUCUCCGACGCAGAGAACUUCGAGUGCUACGGGGAGGCCGAUGCGGAGGCGUCGGCUAAUGCAGCAACAGAGAGCGGGUCACACAGCCCGGGCAACCCGACGCUCAACCGGCAUUCCUGGACGAGAACCAGUUUGAGACGCACACCCCCCAGCCAUGGGGAGAACCUUCCACACCGACGAUGGGGCUCCAUGAGACAUUCUGGAAAACGACAACUAGGCUCCAAUGUCUUAGCAAGCCAAUUAUACCGGUCGUCGUCGUUCAACUCGUCGGGCUGCGGGUCCGGCGGGGAGCCGGCGGACGACAUGUACUCGGAUGUCUCGCUGGAAGAAGACGUUCAGGGGCUCAACUAUAAGGUGCAGCUGCUGCAGCAGCAGGUGACGACGCUGGCGGACACGCAGAGCUCGGCGGACGAGCGGUACGCGCGCGCCAAGGCCGACAACGCCGUGCUGCAGGCGCGCGUGCACAUGCUGGACGAGCAGAUACGAGAGAUCGAAUGCCGUUGCGAGGAGCGCAUAGCGGAGGAGCAGAAGCGUUGUCGCGAGGCCAUCGCUCGCGUGGAGCGCGACCGCGACGCGCAGCUGGCAGCUGUGAGCGAGCGCCUCGCCGCCGCCGAGACCGAUGCCUCGGAUCUUAAGCAGGAGGUUGGAAGACUACGCGGCGUAGCGGAAACUCUCCGAGCGAACGCAGAAAUCUCGAGCCGAGCGCACAAAGAAGCGCAGGAGCAAGUGAGCGAACUGCUGGCUCAGUUGAGCACCGCCAGAGAGAACGAGCGGCGCGAGCGCGAGGCGGCGGCGGCGGCGGCGGCGCUGCUGAGCAGUGCGAGGGGCGAACUGCAGCGGCUGAGCGACGCGCCGCCGCCGCCGCCAGACCCGCGCCUGGAUGAGCUCAGGAAGGAACUCGUGCUGUUGAGGACACAGAAUAAAUCUCUCAGUGAAGCGCAAGAAGAGUUGCAAGCUCAGAUCCUGACUCGGGGGGUGGAAGAAGGCCGCAGUCUACUAGACGGGGUCAGCGGGCCGCUCGUCGCCACCAACUCUCUCGCACACGAACUGUCGCAGAUGAGCGAUGAUCAGCUCGAUGAUAAUGAGACUCGUCACAGCAUAGAGUUAGAAAAGAUACAAAAAGCUUUAAAAGAGCAACAGGACGUAAACGUCCAGCUGCGCAACUACAUCGACGGCAUCCUGCUCGCCAUCGUCGAGAACUACCCGCAGCUGCUCGAGGUCAAGUGUCAAAAACCACCGGCAGAUAUCAAGUCAUAACAAUAGUUACUAAUGUAAGCAACCCAAUUGGCAUAUUUUAACAUUUUAAUUCGUUACUUUGCGAAGUCAGGUACCUAAAAAAAAUACUUAUGUAGACGAUAGGAAUAUGGUGAAAACCACAAUCUAAAUCUAGUGUUGAAAAAUUAUAUACCGAUUUAAUAUUAAUGCUGUGAUAGAUAGAGAACAAGAUGAUAUUAAUGUACCUAUUUGGAAAUUCUUAAAUGAAAUUAAAACGAAAUAUUUUAUGUAUAUAUUAUAAGUAAAAUAACAGAUAAAUAUAAUAUUCUUUUAAUUAUGUGAUUAUGGUGUCUGAAAUUUUAUACAUUCACAUAGUAUAUAGGCAUAUUAUAAGUUUUAUAAAAUCCAAUUUAUACAGCAGAUUGUAUUUGUAGUCUUUGUAAAUAGAUACUUUAUAAACAUAAAUUGGUUUUAUCGAAAUGAUGGAACGUUAUGCCUGCUAUAUAUAAUAAUAUAAAAGACAUAAUUACUAUAAAAUGUGUCAAAGAAUUAAAUUUUAUUUGUAAUGAUGAGUGCUUUUACGGUUAGAUCUGUGCAAAUACAUAAUACGAAUAAUAAUAACAAGGCCAUGCCGUCCAAUCAUGAAAUUAUAUACUGCUUAGAAUUACCUAGAUACUAUUUUGUGAAAGACUGUUGUCGGGUUUAACUUAAUAGGUAUAUUGUGAAAAAAAAAUAGGAUUCAAAAAAAUGUAUUUGAAUAAGAGGAACCUCCUAUAGAUUUAAAACCAUGGUUAGAAACUUAUCAAGGUUUUAAUGUAACCAACCAACCUAAACAAACUUAAUGUUUUUUUAAAUAUAAACGUCAUGUAUGUGUCCUACUGUUGACCGAAACGAAAUAAUCGCGUUUACCGAUAUUGUUAAAACAAAAUAUUUAAUUUAGUUGUUAGGUCAUUAGAAUUACUUAAAUACGCUUAAGUAUUUGUGUACAUUUUGAUAAAAAUUAACUCCUAAGUGAAUGUUGAUGAUAUUAAUGUCAUUGAAAUAAAUUAAUCAAAUUAUAAUAUAA